AUGUCGAGCUGCGGCAACUGCGACUGCGCUGACAAGACCCAGUGUGUGUAAGUUCUUCUUCUUGGAGCCUCGGUUUCUCCCCUCUGCGCGUCUCUCCUACUCCGCUGACUUGAUUCCAUGGUGUUUCAGGAAGAAAGGCAGCAGGUACGGCAUGGACAUCUUGGAGGCUGGAAACAGGUGAGUACUGCGUCGAAAAUGGCGUCUGUUGUUAGAUUCCAUGCAAGCUACGGCGGUGGAUCCUUGGUCUCAUCGUUCUUCUCGUUGCAGCUAUGGCGGCGACGCUGGGUUCGUCAUGGCCGGGGAGGAGAACGACCCCAAGUGCAAGUGCGGACCUAACUGCUCCUGCACCACCUGCUCCUGCGGCCACUGA